UGCGCUUCAGGAAACUGCUGCAGUCUGCCGCUCUCUUCAGCUCAACUCACAUACCAUCAAACUUUGGAAAUAAAACACAUGGAGGAAAAUGUGGAUGUAAAGGCCCUCCGGGCCAAAUUUCACGCUCAGUUAGAAAUGGCAGCUUCCGGAGGUGGGUCCCCCAUCAAACCUCAUACGGUUGGUGCGCUGCCAGAGUCUCUAACCAAUGGAGCUCUCCGAAACAAGACUUCAGCUGUGCCUCCAAGACCAGCCUUUCCUCUGAACGCUCAUAGUGAACCAGAGAUGUUUCAUUCGGGUCCUCAGGGAGUCUUCCCAAGACCUCCUCCCUCUCAUCGUUUGGGAGCCCAGGAGAGUCCUAAAACGCCCCCUACGGAGGUCAACGUGCCGAGCAGAGUCAAGCUGACAGGAGAACUUCUUCAGCGCAAGAUACUUCAUCAGCACAGCGACAUGAAAGUUUCUUCAGCGUUCAAAGCACCCCUGCCGAGCCAGAGGAGCGUGUCGGAGGUAGUACCGCUAAGAAAGCCGCUUCCCAAUGUCGGGCCGCGACCAUCAAAACCAAAACGCCCUCCGUCUGUAAACCUGAAUCAUUUGCGAAAAAAAGCCCCUGUUGUUCUUCCCAAAAGAAACAUAGAUCUCCAAAGUUCUAAAGGACCAGCACGGCCACCAAACAAACCCAGCCUGUUGACAUCAUCGUUUUCAGAAUUAAACGUGGACCACCAAGAGGACUAUGAUGACAUCAGCGCACUCCCACCACCUCCUCCCACACCUCCCAAGCCAAGAGACUCAUGGACUGACAGUUUCCCUUCUCAGCAUGAGGACAGCGAUCAAGAAAUCUAUGAAGACCCAGACAGACCUGUUCCUACUGAGAGGAAAGUAUUGAAAGAGACUAAAAAGACCGAGCUGGACAAGAAAGAACUGAAGGAAAAGCAGAAGUGGGAAAAUGAGUAUAGAAAAAAAUUUAAGCUGAAUGGACCUAUUGAGGUGAUCCACAUGGCUCGUGUGAGAGAGGACUGGCAGGGCGGUAAGAAUGACCUGACUGUGCGACAGGGAGAGAACGUGGAGAUCAUCCGUGUGAACAACAACCCUGAGAGGAAAUGGCUGGCACGAAACCUGAGGGGCAGCAUCGGCUACAUCAGUAACUCCUGCGUGGAUGUGGAUUAUGAAGAAGUGAAGCGGAAAAUCCGUGGUCAAGCCGCACCCUCCUACCACCCUUCUGCAGUCCGGCCCAUCAACCCAGAAGUAUACGAUGAUAUCGGCUCCAACGACCACCUGGACAGUUUUCACAGUGAUGAUUUAUAUGAUGACGUGGACCGUGAUGAGUUUCCUCCUCCUCCCCCAGAGAUCAGCCACGAUCCGAUAAAGGCCAAGCAGCGGGAGAAAGAUGAGAAAGAUUUUCGAAAGAAGUUUAAGUUUGAAGGGCCCAUCCGAGUUCUGUACACCAUGAUGGUGGAUCCUAAUGCCAAUCUGAAGAAGGGUGGGAGCAAGUACCUGGAUGUGGUCCGUGAAGAGAUUCUCGAUGUUAUACAGGAGACCAGCAAGAAGCAUGUUCUUUGCCGUAAUAUACAGGGGAAAUUUGGAUAUGUACCUUUGAAUUACCUUAUGCAUGAUGAGAAUGAGGUUUAUGAUGACAUUGAUACUGCUUCAGAUAUAUAUGACAAUGAUGACAGCUGACCUGCUUGAAGAUGAUGGUUAUCAUCCAUGUAAAAGUGUUUUCACCUGAGAAAGCAAAAAGAGACUGAACACCAUCGAAUGAAUGACUGACAUAGUUUGAAGAUGUUUGCUUUAGGAAAACUAAAGCUCAACGCUUUGUAUAUUGUAGAAAUAAGUAUUACGGAACAUUAUAAUUAUUAGAAAUGUUAUGAUUGAAAGAAUAUUUUGUAAAGAAUUUGACAUUUGUAAUUAUCAUAGUAAUGUUUUUCUCUUUUUUUUUUGUUACAUAUGACAAUCCAAAUCUGUUCAAAUGAAAAGAAUUUGUUUGUUUGUUUGCUUGUGUUGAGGUUCGCUAUUUACUUUUAAACGUGCUGUGUCAAUAAUGAUGCUAGUCUUUUUUUUUCUUUUUCUUUACAAACACUUAAAAUGCAAUGCCACUGCCUGUUUUCUUUGCCAGCACACCCAACUAUGA